GGUCGCUGCAAGCAGUAUUGUUUCCAGAGAGUCGCGACGGACCAGACCGGUUUGUUUGUGUUUUGGUGCCGUGAAAAAUCAAUCGUGAGCGAAGAGAACCGAGAAGCAGGGCAGCUGCAGCAGGAAAAUGGCAUCGGUGCGAGGAAACUCCCUGUACCAGGGCGUCUAUGGGGCUCUGAGGACCCUGCUCCACCUGACGGCGGCCGUGCAGUUCACCUAUGGCAUCUAUUACGACUACAGAUACGUCGAGUUCCCCACCAGCGAGCCAGAGAUGCGAAUCCACCAUCCCUGGGGGGGCAAAUUCAAAUACCUAACGUUCCUGGAUGCGAUAAUUCAGGCACUGUACUAUAUCGUAUCGCUGGUCAACGAUUUUGUGGGCACCAAUGAGCUGACCCCCAAGAAACCGCCGGCGGUGCGCAGGUUCAAGGACUGGCUGAUGGCCACUUUGGCCUUCCCGGUGGCCAUCAACGUGGGCGUGACCUUCUGGACACUGUACGCCAUCGACAGAGAACUGGUCUUCCCCAAGGUGCUGGACCCCGUGUUCCCCAGCUGGCUGAACCAUGUCCUGCACACCAACAUCGUGGUCUUCAUCGUCCUGGAGAUGUUCAUCUCGUACCGCUCGUACCCGAAACGCAGCCAGGGACUCGCCGGACUGGCCAUCUUCAUGGGCGCCUAUCUGGUCUGGAUUCACGUGGUGAAGCACUACUCCGGCGUCUGGGUCUAUCCCGUCCUGGAGGUCCUGCAACUGCCGCAGCGCAUCCUGUUCUUCGCGGCCGUCGUGGGAUUCACGCUGUCGCUUUAUCUGCUGGGCGAGUUCCUCAACAACACCGUCUGGGCCAAGGAGGUGAAGCUGGCCAAGCGCAAAUCCAACUAGGAGUAGGCUGUGUCCCGUUUCUGUUCCAUGUAGUCGCGUUUAAUUAGCCACAAAAUACAAAUAAUGAUUGACGACGACUCAGGCCUGUCUUGGGAUUAUUUAUUUUGUCUGUAUUGUACGAUCUUCUCAGCCAAAGAUAUUGAUAUUGUAAAGAAGACUGAAGAAGUCGCACAAAAUAUGUGAAAAUGAAUAAACUUGAGCUUGCCUGAUGAACUCGAUAAUGUAUUUGACAUCCUUAAUAAAUUGUGAAAGUCUUUAAUCGUAAUAGAGAAAACCGUUUGCUAAUGAUAUUCAUUCUUUCUUAUUACGAAUCGCAUUGUAAUUGAGAUUAUAGCCGUAGUUUAUAUUGAGAGCGCGCGCGUCUUCUUAGGUUUUUAUUAGAUCAGCUAAGUGAAAUCGCCUUCUCGAUUGCAACAACCUCAUAUCAAGGCACUCCAAAACAACACCAUCUUUGAAAACCAGUGUUACAACCUGUAAUUCAAUUCUAGUAUCGUAAUAAACCGAUUCAACACUUUA